GCCUUUUAAAAUAAGCUAUCGCCUAAACAACUUAGAAAUUUGAUAUUAUUCGCAGUUAAUUGACGUCACUUAACGGACCGAACGGUUGCUCGACCCCGAGAUGUCGACCCAUGGACCGUAUGAUUUGGCUGACUUUAUGCGUCUCGAAAAGAUUGGGGAAGGCACUUACGGUGUGGUUUAUAAAUGCCGAAACCGCAAGACUUUACGCCUGGCCGCUUUAAAAAAGAUAAGGUUAGAGAAUGAUGAAGAGGGUGUACCGUCAACCGCUAUACGCGAGAUUUCACUUCUCAAAGAGCUCCAACACCCUAAUAUAGUAAGCCUCGAGCAAGUCAUAAUGGAUAGUGGUCGACUUUACUUAGUAUUCGAGUACCUUAAUGUUGAUUUAAAGCGAUACCUCGAUGAACACGGAAGAAAAAAUCGUCUCGAGCCUACCUUGGUCAAGAGCUUCAUGUAUCAGAUGCUGCAGGGUUUGCUGUUUUGCCACGGAAGACGCGUGAUACAUCGGGAUCUAAAGCCCCAAAAUAUCCUCGUAGAUAUUGGCAGAAAAAUCGUGAAGCUAGCCGAUUUCGGUCUCGCAAGGGCUUUUGGGAUCCCUGUGCGAGUUCUAACCCACGAGGUUGUCACUUUGUGGUACCGCGCUCCCGAGAUCCUUCUUGGCGCUCAACGCUACUCUUGUGCUGUCGACAUUUGGUCAAUGGGCUGCAUAUUCGCCGAAGUCGCCACUAAAGAGGCCCUCUUUCGCGGCGACUCUGAGAUUGACCAAUUAUUUCGCAUUUUUCGCCUUCUUGGCACACCAUGUGAGGAUAAGUGGCCAGGCGUGACUUCUUUGCCUGAUUACAAGAAGAAGGGAUUUCCAAUGUGGCGGGAGUGCAAGCUCACAGCUAACGAGGUUCUCACAAAUUCACUCGGCGAUUUCGGCCUUGCUUUACUCCAGGUAUGCUUUAACCCUGCUCUUAGAUAA